AUGUUCUUCCCUACCAAUCCCUGUUUCCAUAUUACGCCCAAUCACUGUUCUUCCCUCCCAAUCCCUAUUCUGCCAUACCAAUUCCUGUUCCUAAUCCCUGUUCUGCCUUUCAGUGUUCUAUCCUCCCAAUCCCUGUUCCCAAUCCCUGUUCUUCGCUCCCAAUUCCUGUUCUCAAUCCAUGUUCUUCCCUCCCAAUCCCUGUUUCCAUAUUCCUCCCAAUCACUGUUCUACCCUCCCAAUCCCUGUUCCCAAUCCCUACUCUGCCCUCCUAAUUCCUGUUCCCAAUCCCUGUUCUGCCUUCCUAAUCCCUGUUAUGCUCUCCCAAUCCAUGUUUCCAUAUUCCUCCCAGUCCCUGUUCUAUCCUCGCAAUCCCUGUUCUCCCCUCCCAAUUCCUCACAAAAGGUUUUCCUCUCCUUUUCUGUGUUUCUCUCCUUUUCUGUGUUACUCUCCUUUUCUGUGUUACUCUCCUUUUUAUUCAACCUGCCACCUACCAGAUUCCACCCCAGACGUCGAAUUGUUGACCCUAUUUUCUUUAUGAUUACAAACAGUGGGCGCUAUUGUUCAUUGUUCGGAUAUUCUUCCCACUUUCAUCGAUCAGAUAAGCCGCCAAACGAUGGGCACAAAGCAACGAACCAACGUGAAGUUUCUGGUCCGUCUGGAGAAAACUCCAUCGGAAGCACUCAAACUACUGCAGCAAGUGUACGGGGAGGAGACAAUGUCGCGCUCCUGGGUUUUCGAGUGGCACAAGAGGAUCUGUGGAACAUGAGGACAUGGAAGACGACCCGAGUAGCGUAA